AUGGAAGAAGGUGCUAUCAACAAUCCAUCAACGAGUCAUCCUCAAAGGGCUUCUUCUGGAGAAUCUACCAAUCAACAAAUACCCUCUUCCUUUCCAUCAUUUCCUACACACUUGGAUCAGGGAGCAUCUUUUAUUCAACAAGAAAUAGCUAAUGCAGGAGAUGCUAGCCUUGAGGCUCUGUGGCCGCUUUUCGUUAAAAUUCAGCCUUCUUUAAGCUCUCUUCUACAAGAUUUGGCUAACUGGGAUGCACCUAGGUUAUUACCGGCGCCAAAAUUUGACGAAGCCCAAGAAAAUAGCUCAUCACAAGAUGAACUGGAGCAGAUUGUGUCAGAGGUGCCAAGCUCAAGGAGGGAAAGAAUAAUAGAUGAAAAUCGUGCCCAGUGUGGUCCCCUCCUUCAUGCUGCCAUAAAAGGUGAUUGGCCGGCAGCUAAGGCUUUUCUUGAGAAAUACCCACAUUGCGUUCGGCCUAACGUAUCGAAAGAGGAAGGGACGGCACUUCACGAAGCCGUGGUUGCACAACAAUCCACUUUUAUAAAAGAAUUGUUGAAACUGAUGACUCCGGAAGACUUGGAGUUGAGAACCAAACAAGGAGCUACGGCCCUUCACUUUGCAGCUCAAUCAGGAAUAGUGAGAAUUGCCGAGCAGCUGGUGAAAAUCAACAAUAAACCACUAUUGAUUGAUGAUUGCGAUGAAAGGACACCACUUCAAUAUGCAGUUGAGCUAGGACGCCAUAGAAACAUGGUCUCCUAUCUAUUCUCUGUGACUCCUCUUAUACAGUUGACUGCUCAUCAACGCUCGGAGCUCCUUCUUUAUGCUGUUUCCUCUGAUUUUUAUGAUAUAGCAUUGAAAAUUUUGGAAAUGGAUCCAAACAUAGCAAAUGCCGAUUCUGAAUGUGGGCCAACAGCUUUGUCAAUGUUGGCCAAGAAAACUUUUGCAAUUGGCAGCACAAGUCAGCUUUCGUUCUGGAAAAGUCGCAUAAAUUCCUCUGGACAAUUGCCUAGUUCAGAUCGACUAAGUAUCGUAUCAGGAGCGGCCCUUCAAAUGCAACGGGAGUUGUUGUGGUUUAAGGAGAUAGAAAAGAUUGUACCGCCAUCAUACUUGAACCAGAAGAAUUCAAAUGGUCAAACACCUAAGGAGAUAUUUAUAGAGGCACAUACAGAUUUACAAAAAGACGGAGAAACGUGGAUGAAGGACACAUCAAACUAUUCAAUGCUCGUGGCAACAUUGAUUGCCACUGUGAUUUUUGCUGCAGCCUUCACUGUACCAGGUGGCAACAAUCAAGAAACAGGCACUCCUAUUUUUUUGAGAAGUACCUGGUUUAUGGCAUGA